CCCCCCCCCCCUCUCCCUCUUUAUUGGCCUGACGUGGAGCUUGCUUAUGCGAGAACCAGUAUGGAGCAAUCUCAGGAUGAGAUUUCGGCCGAGACUCUCGAUACGGAGACACAAGAAGCCUUGGACAUGUUGGCAGAUCUCCAGUUGCAGAUUGAGCCUUCCAAGGUGGCCGAGAUCGAGUCCAAAGCCAAGCGUAUUUUGUCCGGCCUGGGCUUCACCGAAGCCUACAUGUCGAAGCCGGUAUCAAGCCUCUCUGGUGGCUGGAUGAUGCGGACCGCACUGUCCAUAUCGCUGCUUCAAGAGACGGACGUUCUCAUUCUCGACGAACCCACCAACUUCCUCGACCUGCUGGGCAUCAUCUGGCUUCAGCGCCAUCUAGAGUCCCUCCAAGAUGUGGAUGAUGCCCCGACGCUGAUUCUCGUCUCGCACGACAGAAACUUCAUCACGCUUUGCACAGACCUUCUCAUCCUAAAGGACAAGGGGCUGACCUACUUCCACGGCGAUCUGCCAACUUACGAGGCGUCGCAGUCGGAGCGCAAGAUGUGGCUGACCAAGAUGAAGGACUCCCAGGACAAGCAGAAGGCCCAUAUACAGCAGAGCAUAGUCAACAACAUAAAGGCAGGCAAAGCGCACGAUGAUCUGAACAAGCUUCGACAAGCCAAAUCCCGUCAGAAGAAGCUCGAUGACCGCUGGGGUCUUCAGGUCAGCUCCAAGGGCGGCCGGUUCAAGCUGAACCGUGAUCUCGCCGGCUUCCACUUGACAGCCAGAGACGAGAUCGAUAUCCCACAGGAUGAGCGACCAGUGAGCCUCACCUUGCCGGAGCCACCAGAUCUCCGGUUUCCUGGACCUCUUUUAUCGAUAGAGAAGGCGACGUUUCGCUACCCCGUUGCCGGGAGCAGGGCAAAACCGGUGGUGCCGGCUGUGCUGCAGGACAUCAACCUCUCCGUCCACAUGGGCGACCGCGUUGGUAUCCUCGGUCUGAACGGAGCGGGCAAGUCGACCCUUGUGAAGCUUCUUGUCGACGAGACGAAGCCCACAUCCGGCACAGUGACGACGCACCCUCGGCUGAGGCUUGGGUACUAUUCACAGAAUGCCGUCGAAGCUCUGCAAGACAAAGGCCGGGCUGACCUGUCCGUGACGGCCUUGUCUUUGCUCACGGAAGAGGUCGCCGGGGAGUUGGACGAAGGCCAGCUCCGUGGCAUCCUGGGCAGUCUCGGUCUGCCUGGCCGCGUUGCAUCCGACACACCCCUCGGGAAGCUGUCCGGCGGCCAGCUCGUGCGAUGCGAACUCGCGCGGCUCCUCUGGCGGAGACCGCACUGCCUCAUCCUCGAUGAGGUGACGACCCAUCUCGACUACGAGACCGUCACGGCUAUGCGGGAAUCCCUCAGAGAAUGGGAAGGGGCGGUGGUCCUCGUCAGCCACGACCGAUGGUUCAUGCGCGGGGCUGUCGAAGGCUCGGCCGAGGAAGUCGACAGCGAAGAAGAGGACGAGAAGGAAGCGGUGUCUAGGCGACGGCUUGUGGCGGGGGUCUUGUCACGCGUAGAGGGUGGUGUGACUGAAUUUGAGGACAGCGUUGCGAAAAGAGUGGCUAAGCUGCUCAAGACCUAGAGACGACAAACAUUGAACGAGACCGUUUCGUUUUCCAGGUGUGCCCACUAUGUUGCGUGUCUCGCGGCCGGGUUGUGGUCGACAAAGGGCGCAGAGCUGAACCACCGUCGGUCUCGUGCUCGAUCUCUCACUCGAGGCAGCGGAAAGACAUUAAGAUCAAGCAAGCGAGUGGAUGGUCGCCUUUCUGGGUAUGGGGAAGGGGGGGUUGCCGGAAUUCAGGCGGUCGACUCCAGCUGUUCAUCUCUUUCCUUUGUUGCAUCAUUUCGCAUGAACCGGUGGCAUUGAUCGUUGAGAGGCCCAAGGGCCGAAGACUCGACGAUUUCGACAAAAAGCGUCAGAGCGGGCUGGAAAGGGUAUCCCACCUGACGAGGAGGGGAGACGAGCAAUAAAAAAAAGCGUACGGUCGAGGCUGUCAAGAGCAGAGCAGAGCAGAGAGGACCGCAGGUCGGGCAAAACGUUUCUCAUUGGCUUGCUCGGGAGGUUGU